AUGAACCUCGAGCUGCACACGGACAGACGCGAGCUGGCUGUUGUUGGAUGCGAGCUGAACGGGACGGGACGCGUCUUCUUCCUAUCGGGUUCGCGAGCUGCUUCCUAUCGGGUGUUCAUGUAUGAAUUUGCACAGGCCUCAAUAUGCCCUGGCACGGCACUGACUCUACCUAAGUAUUUCUGCAGAAAUUGCGAAAAUCCACUAGCUCUCGGUGAAGAUCUCAUCUCCAAAAAAUUUGUGGGAGCUUCAGGGCCAGCUUUUAUGUUUUCGUACGCUAUGAACGUGGUGGUUGGACCCAAGAUUGGGAGGAAAUUGUUAACCGGAUCGUACGUGGUGGCAGAUGUGAUGUGUAGUAAGUGUGGUGAGAAGUUGGGUUGGAAGUAUGUGGAGACCUAUUGUAAACAGAGGUAUAAAGAAGGCAUGUUUGUGAUCGCAAAGCUCAAGUUGACCAAGAAAUAUUGA